AUGGAACCUACCAUGUCAACUCAAGAGCGCCAGCUCUGCGAGUUUCUCAGAGAACUUCCUGCAAGAUGGAACUACGAGUACGACGACCAAGCACACCAUGACCUGCUCGACAGCCUCUUCUGGUCGUUGGCAGGAGGCGAGCGCUACAUGCCCCUCUUCUUCCCCUCUGGCCGACCUUCCCACAACCACAAGCUCCACGAUGCCCAGGGCGCAGUCGAAGGCGCCGAGUACACCGAAGCCGCCCGAGGCAAGCGAUGCGGUCACAUCUUCAAGCCCGGAGAAGCCUCCUACUCCUGCCGAACCUGCAGUACUGACGACACGUGCGUUCUGUGCAUGCGAUGCUUCGACUCGACCGACCACGCCGGUCACAUGGUUCGCAUCAGCAUCUCGGUCGGUAAUAGUGGUUGCUGCGACUGUGGCGAUGACGAGGCCUGGCGACUUCCCAUGUUCUGUACGAUUCACUCCGAGACGGAUCCGGAAAAAGGCGAGGGCAAGGGAAAGGAACCGGCUGGUCUCCCUGAAGACCUGGUACAGAACAUGCAGAUGACGAUUGGCCGCGUCUUCGACUACAUCUGCGAUGUUAUAUCGUGCUCACCGGAACAGUUACGACAGGGCAAGACCGCAGACUCGAUCCAAGCCGACGAAGAGCUCUCGCGCCUGUCUCCAGACAUCUACGGAGAGGGCCCCUCUGGACAUCCCGAAUAUGCGCUGGUUCUCUGGAACGACGAGAAGCACACGAUGGAGGAUGUACAGAACCAGAUCGCGCGGGCUUGCAGGACAACAGAGGCCCAGGCCUUGCAGCGCGCUACAGAAACAGACCUUAUCGGCCGCAGCAUCCUAAAGCGUCUCGACGAUCUAGACGCCCUGCUUGAGAUGGCCACCAAACUGGAGCACAUCAAGGUCACUGUUACCAUCAGGUCAUCGCGCGACACGUUCCGCGAACAAAUGUGCGGGGCCAUGAUUGAGUGGCUCAGCGACAUUGCGGGAUGCAGCGUCGGGACAGACCAUACCAUCUUGCGAAACACUGUUUGCCAGGAAAUGAUGAAGCCAUGGCGGAAGGGCAGCCCCGGAAGCCACGCCAUCGUGGGCAAGGACGGCAUCUACGACGAAGAGAAAUUUCUGAGAAACCUCGAGCACUCCCAGUCUUUCACCCAACAUGUCCUGCUGCAGGUGCAGCGCAUUGCGACUCAACAGCAAGCCCGGGCCGCAGACAGCGACGAUGAGGAUAUCGACAUGGGCAGGGGAAAUGGCACUCCUGACAGUGAUGCGGGAGACGACGACGAUGACGACGAGAUUGACGAUGACGAUAUUAUGAUGGUUGACGUUCGAGCCGACGGGCCCGGAGACAUCGGCCUCGAGUGGCGUGGCAACGAUCAAGCUUUGGAAGAAGAUGAAGCUACGAUGGCCGGUUACCCGCCGCCUCCGCCCCCACCUGCAGCUGCGCGGCGGGCCACCAGGGAUCGCGACCUGACACCCUCCGAUUCCGACACGGCCGAACCGCUGAUUGCACCUGCCAUCUAUGCCAAAGCUAACCUGGAAAUUCCCAAAACGCCUGGACAGGGUGAGAAGGCGCCAUCACCGAAGCCCGGCAGGUACUGGCUUGAGACUCCUCCAGGUUACAUGAACCGAGAGAACGUCCCCCCCGCGGAGGAUGUCUUCCAACGGGUCCGUCUCGAUUGGCUCAUUCUCUUCGACCUUCGCAUGUGGAAGAAGGUUCGCAACGACCUCCGCUCUCUCUACAUAUCGACUGUUGUCUCGAUACCCGAAUUCAAGCGCAUCCUAGGUCUUCGUUUUGCCGGAUUGUACACGACGUUGGCUCAACUAUACUUGAUUGGGGACCGAGAGCCUGACCAUUCCAUCAUCAACUUAUCGCUGCAGAUGCUCACAACGCCAUCCAUCACCGCAGAAAUCGUUGAACGGGGUAACUUCAUGACGAGCCUGCUCGCCAUCUUCUAUACGUUCCUCACAACGAGACAAGUGGGCUACCCAUGGGAUGUCUCGUCAAAUGCAGUCCUUGCCUUUGAUUCCGGCUCGGUGACGAACCGCCGCAUGUACCACUUCUAUCUGGAUUUGAAGUACCUCUUCGGCUCUCCACAGGUUCAGGAGAAGCUUCGGACUGAGGAACGAUACCUUUUACAGUUCCUCGACCUGGUCAAGUUGCAUCAAGGCAUCGGACCCAAUGUCCGUGCUGUCGGGGAACACGUUGAAUAUGAAACAGACAGCUGGAUAACUGCCUCGCUGGUGACGCGCGAAAUCAACAGGCUUGCCAGGCAACUUGCCGACGCUUACAGGAACGUGCCAGAUAACGAGGCUCACUUCGUCGCUCAGGCGAUCAGAUUGACAGCCAAGGCUGUCAUUCUUCAUUCUGUUGGCGCCGAACGUCAUCGCUUCAAGCAGGCCGAGAUCAAAGAAGAGAUCAAGUUCAAGACCCUGGGCGAUUUCGAGUUCGACAACGAGUCGGCACGGUACGACGUCGUCAAGUUUACGGUCGAAGAAGACCCCAUUAGCUUCCAUCAUGCUCUGCACUACACCCUUUCAUGGCUGAUUGAGUGCGGAAAGUCUCUCCCUGCCUCAAGCAUGAAAGCCCUCUUGAGCUUUACUACGCAAGACUUGAAGCUGCCCCCGCGCUCUAUGGGUCGCAAGGUUAUGCCACGACGGGAUAACUCCCCAGAGGACAACCUCAUGGCUGCGUUUGACUAUCCCCUGAGGGUCUGCGCUUGGCUGGCGCAAAUCAAGGCGAACAUGUGGGUGCGCAACGGCAUCAGUCUGCGGCACCAGGCGGCGACGUAUCGCGGAGUCAGCCAAAGAGAUGUGUCCCAUCACCGCGACAUAUUUCUCCUCCAAACCGCAAUGGUCAUCGCCGAUCCCAGUCGCGUCCUCGCGUCCAUAAUUGAUCGGUUCGGCAUGGAGAAGUGGGUUAAGGGAAUAUUCGAGCAGAAGUCUACCGCGCAAGACGAUGCGCAGCAUCUGGAUGUCGUUGAGGACAUGAUUCACCUCCUGAUCGUGCUUCUCAGCGACCGCACCUCGCUGAUUGCCUCCGAGGAUGAACCCAACGCCAACGUUCUCGCCAUCCGUCGCGACCUCACCCACAUCCUAUGCUUCAAGCCCCUCUCCUUCAACGAAAUCAGCAACAAGUUGCCUGAGAAGUGGCAGGAGCAGGAGGACUUCCAUCGUGUGCUUGACGAAAUGGCAUCGUUCAAACCUCCCGAGGGUGUCUCAGACGUCGGCACAUUUGAGCUGCGGCCUGAAUUUGUUGAGCAUAUCGACCCUUACAUCGCCCACUAUAACAAGAACCAGCGAGAGGAGUCUGAGCUGGCAUAUCGGAAGAAGAUGGCCAUCAAGACUGGCAAGCCAUUGGAGGAGAUCGUAUACGAGCCCAAGCUUCGGCCGAUCCCUUCGGGCCUCUUCAAAGAUCUGGCCGCGUUCACCAACACCGGCAUGUUCGGCCAGAUCAUCUACUACUCACUGUUGUAUCCACUCGUUGCGGCUAGGCUCACGCCAAGCGUGCCUACGACUCGGAUCGAAACCUUCCUCCAGGUCGUCCUCCACCUCAUCCUUAUCGCGAUCUCCGAGGACAAGGCGGACGAGGGUGACAUGACGGAGGAGUCGCUCAAUUCGUUUGUGCUUAUCGCUCUAACGCGAACCGCUCGAAGCAACUUCAUGCAAGAAGCGCCAAAUGCGAAGACCAUCGUUGCGUUGCUCGACAUGAUGUCUACCAAAGAGGAGUUCAAGGCAUGUCACCCCAAGAUUGGCCUUAUCCUCAAGAGAAUGCGGCAAAAGCGGCCGCGCAACUUUGAGAAUGCCUACGCGCGGCUUGGUGUCUCCGUCGACCGCAUUGAUACUGCCUCUCCCGCGAACAACUCCGCAGAGGAGGAACGAGAACGCAAGAAGAAGGCAGCGCUGAGCCGGCAGGCAAAGGUCAUGGCCCAAUUCCAGCAGCAGCAGAAGAGUUUCUUGGAAAACCAGGGCAACAUUGACUGGGGCUCUGAUCUCGAGGACGAUGAGGAGGCGGAGCAGACCGGUGAUCGAAAGAAUAAUUGGAAGUAUCCGACGGGCACCUGCAUUCUGUGCCAGGAGGAUACGGACGACCGUCGCCUCUACGGGACAUUUGCUCUCUUCAACGAGAGCCACAUCCUCCGACAGACGGAUCUGCAGGACCCUGACUUCGUGCGGGAAGCCUUCCACACGCCCUCGAGCCUGGAUCGAUCUGCAGAGGACAUUCGUCCCUUUGGCGUCGCCCACGAGAACCGGCAAGAAGUCACAAAGGUCAACGCCAAGGGCGAGAAGUUUGUUUCUGAGCGUCAGACGAUAGGUAAGGGCUUCCCAUCGAACCUCUCCCGCCCCGGGCCUGUCUCGACCGGCUGUGGCCACAUGAUGCACUACAGCUGCUUCGAGAUGUACUUUGACGCGACCAACCGGCGACACCAUCAUCAAAUUGCAAGGCAUCACCCAGAAAACCUUCGAAGACAGGAGUUCGUCUGCCCUCUGUGCAAGGCUCUUGGCAACGCAUUCUUGCCCAUCAUCUGGAAGGGCCAGGAGGAAUGUUUCCCCGGCCCCCUUCAGUCCCAGCGCCUUUUCGCAGAUUUCCUCGAUACUCAGAUGAGAUCGGGCUACUACAUCCUUGGUGCAAACCGUCCACCUGACGAGGUCCAGUCAUCGUUUGCCAGCUACACGGCAGGGCAAGUCACCGGCGCGUUAGCAGAGAAGGCGCCUCAACUGUUGGAGGAAGCCUGGACAGCCGACGAGUCUGGUUCUGACUCUGUGGUCACCAACACACCUCUGACGUCUCUAUUCCCCACGGCCAGCACGCCAGUCACCAACCGGAGGUCUGUACAGAGUGAUGGUUCCACCCUCAUGGGGGAGCUGGCUAGGGUAUACCGUCGUCUUCGCGAUACUGUGCGGUCUAAUGGAUUCAAGACACGCCAUGAAAAACGGAGCAUUGAGCUGCGAGAGAGGAACGAGCUUUGCCACAGUGACGUUCUGUCAAAGCUGGUUGGUUAUUCGGUCUCGGCUGUAGAGAUCCAGCAGCGCGGCACUGAGGCCCAGUACGGCAUGACGCUCUUGGAAAAGAUCCCUGAACAGAGCUUGACACAUCUGCGCAUUCUGGCAGAGACUGCGACUGCGUACAGGGCUGUUGGCGGUCUCAAGGCUGGCGGUGAUAACUGGAUCGAGGAAGAGUUCCGGCUGGACAGCGAGCGCCAACACGUCCAGCUCUUUGUUUCACAAUACUUCGGACAAGAGACAGAGCAUGCCAGACGACCUGUCGACGCCUACUCGCCAUUGCUCAGCGAGGAUGCCUUCAUCUUCCUCACUGAGUGCGUCUUUGGCCUUAUUCCCGCACAGAAUUUCGACGUCACGCACAUUCUGAGACUGUGUUAUCUCGCAGAGAUUGUCAAGGCCGUUUACCACAUGGGGCGCAACAUCCCGGUGUCCACAUGGAUUAGCCAUCUCCUCAACAGAGAGACCCAGGACCCUGCAUUGAAGAACUUUGCCGAGUUCUGCCUUGCCAUCACCAAGGUUGGCAUGGAAAUCAACGUGUCCCACCGCGAAAUGCCGGCAGAUCUAGGUGACAACCGGGGAUUCGGACAACCGGAGCUGGAUAACCUAGAGGGCCACUACACUUUCGUGAAGAAGUACGCUUUGACGUUCCUCAGGAAGAGCGUCGUUCUUCUCUAUGUUAAAUACGGCAUAGACUUCAACAGUCACGUCUCCCCUCAGCCGGACGCGGACGAACUAGACCGCCUUACCGAAGCCCUCCGAAUUCCGACAUUUGACGAGAUGUGUGCCUCGAUCACUGACCUUGGGCCUACUUGCGGCUGGCCAGCUUCGACCACGAGCCUGGUCAGUGGCUGGGUUCGACACCAGAUCAUGUGGCCUGGUGACGACACGGACGAGCUCCCCCCUUCUGCGCUCCUCAGCCACCCGGGCAUUUUCGAGUUGGUCGGACUGCCGAAGAACUACGACGCACUCAUCGAGGAAGCCACCCGACGCAGGUGCCCAACGACAGGCAAAGAUGUCUCGGAUCCCAUGAUUUGCCUGCUCUGUGGAGAUGUCUUCUGUGGCCAGGCUGUAUGCUGUCUCAAGGAGGAGACAUCGCCUGGCGAUCGCGAGCCCCAGAGGAUCGGCGGCUCGCAGCAACACAUGCGAAAGUGCCAGGGCAACAUUGGCUUGUUCCUCAACAUCCGCAAGUGUUGCAUCUUUUACCUUUUCCGGUUAUCGGGCUCCUUCAGCAGCGCGCCCUACAUUGACAAGUACGGCGAGACGGACCUGGGUCUGCGCCACGGGCGCCAGCUGUUCCUGAACCAGAAACGCUACGACUCCAUGCUGAGAAACACGUUCCUCAGCCACGGUAUCCCAAGCUUUAUCAGCCGUAAGCUGGAGGCAGAGAUCAACAACGGCGGCUGGGAGACGAUUUGA